UGAUCUCUGCAUGAAAAGGAUUAGGAAAUACUGUAUCAAUGAUUUGCCGUAUCAUCCCAAGUAUAGCUCCAAGAACUCAAAGUAAUUGAGUCCAGAUGAGGACCAAAUAAAGCACUGUUGAAAGCAUGUCGUGGAUGUGGCUUUAAGAGAACUCCUUACUAUGCAUUAAGUUUAGAUUACAUCCUGCCACAACUAGCCUCCCCGCCAUUGAAAACACCACCCUAGCAAUUAAGGCCGACAGAAAAUAACAGGCAGUUGCAGAAUAAACGCAAAGACGAGAAGGCUUCAAAAUUCCAAGCACGGAACACGUAACGUCGAGUAAGAUGCAGCAUGGGGGAUUCAUUUGAGUGACGUACACGAACAGUCGCGAAUGGGACGGUUGAUGUUUAAAUAGCGCAGGUGUUGUAUUUUGGAGGAAUGUCAACGCUCUUCCCCUCUUUGUUCCCUCGAAUGACUGAGACCCUCUGGUUUAACUUAGAUCGACCAUGUGUAGAUGAGAAUGAACUUCAGCAGCAGGAGCAGCAACACCAGUCCUGGCUACAAAGCAUUGCUGAGAAAGACAACAAUUUGGUGCCUAUUGGAAAACCAGCCUCAGAGCAUUAUGAUGAUGAAGAGGAAGAAGAUGAUGAAGACGAUGAAGACAGUGAAGAAGAUUCAGAAGAUGAUGAAGAUAUGCAGGAUAUGGAUGAAAUGAAUGACUAUAAUGAGUCCCCAGAUGACGGGGAGAUAAAUGAGAGAUCCCAACAAUAGGAUGGAGCUUGGCAUAGGAAAGAGGACAUUCUGUUUCACUUUGAAGAUGAUUUCAUUUCUACAGUACAAUAUACCAGAAGGCUUGGGCACUCUUGUUUUGUCAAGAACAUUUUCCUUCUGGAGAGGUGUAAUAGUACAGUUUCAUUUUGCUACUCUAAAUGUCAACAAGACUUGCUGGACAUUUUCCAUCUUCCGCAAAUGUACAGUUAUUUAUUUUUAAUUGAUUGCACAUUAAUUGGAAAGUUAAGAAAUGUGGCUCUUGAAAUAUAAUAUUGAACCAUAGUAACAAGAAUUGUUUUAUAACUGUAGCCAUAAAGAAGAUUUUGUUUAUAAGCCUGAGAUAUAUGCUUUGUUUUUUGAUUUACAGAUCUAAUAAAUUACUUUUUUACAGUA